CUCAAUCAAUGUCGUCAACAAAACUCAUCAUCUACAUCACUUUCUUCUUAUCUCUCCUCCUCCGAUCCUCCUCGGCCCAAGACAUCGUGAAAGCUACGUAUUGGUUCCCCAAGAGUGAGUUUCCGGUCGCUGACAUUGACUCCUCUCUUUUCACUCACCUUUUUUGCGCUUUCGCUGAUCUCAAUCCUCAAACCAAUGAAGUCACUAUCUCCUCCACGAACCAACCAAAAUUCUCCACCUUUACACAAACCGUCCGAGAAAGAAAUCCUUCCGUGAAAACCCUUUUGUCUAUCGGUGGCGGUGGAAAUGAGAGUAUAUCAGCCGCGUUUGCUUCCAUGGCAAGUAACCCUAACUCUCGGAAAACGUUCAUUGAUUCUUCGAUUACGCUGGCAAGAUCGAAUGGGUUCAAUGGUCUCGAUCUAGAUUGGGAAUACCCCAAGACUGAAACGGAGAUGAACAAUUUUGGGACGCUACUUCAAGAAUGGCGAUCCGCGGCUACGGCAGAGGCCAGUAGCAGCGGUAGCCCGCCUUUGUUAUUGACAGCUGCGGUUUUCUACUCGUCGGAUCACUAUUCAGCAAUAUACCCGGUUCAAGUCGUUGCCAACAGUUUGGAUUGGGUUAAUCUUAUGGCUUACGAUUUUUUUUAUAGAUCGGAUUCAUCAAGUAUAACUGGUCCACCGGCCGCUUUGUAUGAUCCUUCAAAUACAGGUCCAAGCGGAGACGCGGGAGUAAGCACGUGGAUCCAAGCUGGACUUCCCACGAAGAAAGCAGUGUUGGGGUUUCCAUUUUACGGCUACGCGUGGAGUCUCUCAAACGCCAACGCUAACAGCUACUACGACGCAACCACUGGACCAGCGAUACUACCGGGAAUGCCAGAGGCCGGUGCGAUAACUUACGGUCUGAUAAAGAAGUUCAUUAUAGAUAACGGGGUAACACCAGUUAAUAACGCGACGGUUGUCGGAGAUUACUGUUACGCUGGUACUACUUGGAUUGGUUAUGACGAUAGUCAGAGCAUUGUGACGAAAGUUAGAUACGCUAAGGAAAAAGGUUUGCUUGGUUACUUCUCGUGGCAUGUUGGAGCUGACGAUAAUUCAGAACUAGCUCGAGCAGCGUCACAGGCAUAAGAUGUGUCAGCAACCACCAGAAUUAUAAGGAUAUUGCAAGUAAAGAAGUAAUGGCCUUUUAUUAUAUAAAAUAAACGCUUGCUCAAAAAAAUUGUUUACGAAUAUGGCCCUACUCUAUGUAAAAACUUGAGUUCAUAUUUAUUUUUAUUUGCCCCAAAAAACAAGAAAAAUGUUCAUAUUUAUUUUUA